AUCUUUGUGUUGCUUGAGUUUUUUAGUAAAAAUAAUAGUUAAUAAAUUGUUUGAAAAGCAUUUUAUCCGUCAACACUGAAUAUGAGUCAUCCAAUUCCUGAACCAUUUGUGUGGGAUGAGUCCUUCAAAGUUUUUUACGACAAAUUGGAUGGAGAGCACCAGGGCCUCUUCCAGGCGAUCUUCGAUGUCGGCAAAACUCCAAACGAUAGUGGGGUCCUCGCCAAGCUGGUGGAACUCAUGGACAGCCACUUUGCCCACGAGGAACGUGAAAUGAAGAAAGCAGCUUUUGACGGACACGAUGAGCACAAGGAUAACCACGAUGAAUUCCUCGCCUCACUCAAGAAGUUGAAGACACCUGUGGCGCAAGAGUCUGUACAGUGGGCCAAAAACUGGUUGGUCCACCACAUCAAAGUCACCGAUUCAAAAUAUUCAGGAAAGUUGCACCUCUGAGUUCUUCUCACGUGUCCUCAUUUAAUAAAUUUAUUACCUGAACUAUUAUUUUAAUUUUUAAAUUGACUUGAAAUGUUUUUAAAAAAUUUUAGUAAGCACAAUACAAAAAGUAUUUAUUAAUAACAAUUAAAACUGA